AGGGAGGUUACGUGCGGCUGUGAUCGGAGUACCCAAUAAUUUUCGGAUUGAAUCGAAGUUCUCGUGUCGGAUUUAUUGCAAAGUGCUAACCCCAAGCCGCAGACCCGCAAACGAAAGUCCUGAGAAAUUUGCUUUUGACAAAGCUCAAGUUUUUCUCUAUUUCCGCCGCUCUUCUCCGCUGCGGCAUUAGGUUAUCUCCGGAGCUCUUCUCAUGGCUGCCAAGCCCCCGUCUAGUAUGGAAAAAGAACAGAUUUUUGGGAUGGCGGAGAAAGAGAUGGAAUACAGGGUAGAGCUAUUUAACAAGCUCACUCAUACAUGUUUCAAUAAGUGCAUUGAAAAAAGGUAUAAGGAGUCUGAGCUCAACAUGGGUGAGAACAGCUGCAUUGAUCGCUGUGUUUCCAAAUAUUGGCAGGUGACCAACUUAGUGGGGCAGCUGCUCGGUUCUGGUCAGCAACAAGUGUGAAAUAGUUUUUCAUGUUUGUUUGUGCAAUAUUUGAUUUUUUUUUUUUUCUUCAGUGAAGUCAUUGGUCAGGAAACAGAAACUUAGGAUUAUUUAUGUUUAAAUCUG